AUGCUCUCCGUCGUUGAGGAAGCUGCAGUGCUGACGGAGAAGCUCGAGCUGGAGGCAGACGUUGACAAGUUGAGCGAAGUUCAGGUUGCAGUGUCUACGGAUGAACCCCAAGCGACGGAGGAGCCUUUGGAUGAACUGGAGCUGGCGCUGCAGAAGGCCUUGCAGGCUAAGGGGUUUGAAGGGCUGGAAGACGUGAGAAACACGCUGCUGGCCACGACGCAGCUCACUACCUCCAACGUCAUCUCGACGGUCGUGACAGCGCUCCCACACCGUUUAACUCGCCGGAAGAGGAGUAAGCUCUCAUCGCCCCAUUUACCAGGACCUGGGAGCAACCAAGAGCCUCGUGAGACGGUCUACGGAGCCCCAAAGUCCAUGUCUGCAAGGUUGAACAAGGCCCGAAGAGGGUCCUCGCCUCACCAAGCGCAACUUCCGACGUUCCGACGAAGUCUUCCAGCUCUAGCGGUCCCUGCUGCUCGACUGCACCGUGAGCUGUUGCUUGAAAGAGAUGCGUUCAUGGCGCAGUUGGCUCGGGAACGGGAGGAGAAGACGCAGCUCGAGAACUGGGCGGCGACGCGUAUCCAGGCCUGCUACCGAGGCUUUCGAAGUCGGCCACGCGCUGUUGCCUACGCGCGACGAAUGAACAAACUCGAACUGCGGAGCGUCUCCUGCAUUCGACUUGACCUCGCCGAGAUGCAGGAGCACUUGAGGCUGCGUGGUAAUCUCCCGGAAGAAGGAGAAGCUGGUAGCAAGGAGGUAUCAACGGUUUGGAGACAAGGAGUCACAGACCGAGCGCGGCGCAAGCGUGACGUCAAGAACCGCCAUGAAGAGCGGCAGAUUGCUGCCAUCCGCAUCCAGGCUUGCAUCCGAAGAUUUCUCGCCAAAAUUGCGUAUGGUCACCUCGUUGCACGGGCCCGCGAUGAACGCUAUCUUGUUGCUAUUGUAAAGAUUCAGAGCGUCUUUCGAGGGUAUCACCUUCGCGCGUGGAUUCAGCGUUUAGUGCCGAGGUUGCAGUACAACGCAGCAGUGCAGAUCCAGGCUCUAGUUCGAGGAAGCCAAGCGCGCGAGCGUGUCUCCAUGCUUCAGUUCGAGCGCAAGUGUGAGGAAAGACGGCGCGCUGGGUUACCGUUCCAGCUCACAUUGGGAAGUCGAGUGUCGGUAGCCCAUCCGAACGGUACUCGACUCUACACUAGCGUCUCCGACAGCCCGCGAACAUCCCUCCGAGUUCUGUACGAGAACCGGAAGUCUCGCGCCUCGCUAGAGUUUAAGACCGCCAAGUGGCGAGAACAGCGGAGCUUCCUGCGGAUAUUUGUAAGUUUGAGGGCUUGUGUCUACGUUGCGAGUUGGGGGUUAAUUCUGUUGUCGCUUGGUCAUGGCAGAAUGUGGGGCUGA